AUGAAUCCGGACCUGUGCGGUCCUGAAGUGCUGUCACCUGAAGAGCCGUGCAAAGAAGAAUCUGUAAAUACCUUAGAAAACUCUUCAAGUGAUGACUACCUUUCCGAUGACAAUGAUGAUCCAGCCUACAUACCCGAGCGUUCAGUGGAGACACCAGUACGUAAUAUUAAUUUGCGCCCACGUAGAGCUGUCCAGUAUGGAGAGAAAGAUGACCAUGAUGUUUAG